AUGGCGCUUCAGCAGCGCGCUGGACGCCGGCGUCGUGCUGUAACUUUGCUGGGUAUUCUGGGCGUGUUGGUCACGCCCGGCUGGUUGGGCUUCACACCAACGCUGCGCCUCCGCACUCCGUGUGUGCGGCGUUGGGCGGGGAGCGAAGCAGUGGAAGCGCUGCCGGAAUCGGGGAAGGCUGAAGAUCUGGUGCUGGGCAAGGGCUAUUUGGCCAAUGUGACGAAGGUCAUAGAUCAUGAUGUUUCAUGCAAACAGGAGAACGACACAGACGUGGUUAAGCAGGGUGCAAAGCUGGAUCUUGGACUGGACAAACCAGGCUGGGUGCCGAUCUCCAAAUUGGACAAGCCGGGCGGCGGCUUCAUCAAGAAGGUCUCGGAGGUGGUCAAAGUCGGUGACCAGAUCCGUGUGAUGAUCCGCAAAGUGAAGGAUCGUGAGGUGGAGGUGACGAUGAAGGCCGUGCCGGAAUUUGACAAGCGCCCGCUGAAGGAGUUUAAGGAGGGUGAUGUGCUCUCUGGCAAAGUCAUGGCGAGUGCCAAAGGGGAAGGGCGCUUUGUGGGGAGUGGCUGGGUCCUGGUGGAUGUGGACGCCAUAGUGCCAGCGUUUCUGCCCGAGAAGGGUUUGAAGGGGGCCGCUCCUGAGAGCUAUCAGAAGGGUCAAGAAGUGAAGGUCAAGGUCGAGAAGUUGACCCGCCAUGAGAUGAAAGUCAUCCUGGAGGACUGA